UAUCUAGACCAGCCAGCUUGUCCUAGACAGUUAGCUCCGCCCUUGGGGUGGGAAGAGCCUAAGAGUGUUCUGAGCAGAAGCUCGCCUCUUCUCUUGCCUCUGCCUUCUGGAUGUUUCCUCCACAGCCAACUCGGCCCAGACCAAGCCUGGAGGAGGCAGCCUGUGAUGGGAGCCCACUCAGAAGACCCCCACCUGUGCUGGGCCUCCCGGCUCCUGGGGUUCAGCAGCCUCGUCCUCACAGGGUCUUCUAGACCAUGUGUGAAGGCCAGCAGCCCCAUCCCGGGUGUUUGCAAACUCUGUGUGCACGGCAGGCUCAGGACACGAGCCACAGCGGUGAACCGAUAAGAAGCCGCUAACCCAUGGCCCGGCUAGAGCCGUGCAGGCCUGCCUGUGGUCAGCACAAAAUGCCACCUCCUUUCUCUCCGCUUCCCUAGUGCUGAGCCCCUCUCACCAACGCUGGGGGCACGAGACAGUCAUUGUUGGCUCAGAAUUGCUGGCGAACAGCCCUCGGGAAGGUACCACAGUGGAGGCUGAAUAGCAGUCCCUCCCGGAGCCCAGUGCACCGUCCCCACCCCCACCCCGGUUGCAACAAGGGCUGUUUCUCUGAAUUUCAUGGAAGUUGCAGCCAACUUUGCCUAUUUCCACAUCAGCUCAGCCCUGACCGUUUAGCUGGGGAGCUGCCUUUGGGUCUCCCCGGACACUUCAUUGGGCCCAUUCAUUCCUGAGGGAGCCAGCAAGUGCUCACAGCCCAGUCAGAGAAGGACUGGAAGGAUCGAGGGCGCACUGUCCCGGCCAUCAGGAAACUCAAAGUGCAAUUACCAACAUAUGCUACGUGCGCUCGGGUUGAUGGUGUUUGCGGCUGCCUGAACAAACAUACACGCCCUGGGCAUCUGACUCCUGGAGGAGCCUGAGGGGGGGACCCACACCUACCUUCUGCCUCGGCCAACUGCACCAUCCAUAGGCUAGCUGUGAUGAACACACAAUAUGUUAGAGCCACGAGGAAGCCCAGUGGAGAGAAAUGGGGAGAUGCCCACACCAUGUGGAGCCACAGUAUCCGGCCCUCCCUCGUCUCUAGGACGCUGCCCCCCCCUGCACAGGUGUGCUCAGUUUCUCGGUGCUGUGGACUUGACAGGGACCAUGGAAACCAGCUGCCGUGGACAUGGCUCUGAGAGCUCCAUGGCUCUGAGCGGAGGCCCGGCGGGACUUUGGCUCCCGUGGCCGCCUGUGGGGCGGCACCAUGGGUGUCUGUCUCCCGGGAGCCCAUCUCUGAUCCUGGGAGGAGACCCCGAGAGGGCAGCUGGUGGGGAGCACAGGGCUCCAUCCGGGACCUGGGAAGUUCGGGGCGGACCCCAGUUGUGCUUGCCAGGAGCAAACAUCGUCCUGAUGGGAACAGCUCACACCUAAGGGAAAGCUCUCGCGAUCUGAGACCCUGGCAACGGUUCCCUGAGGGGAGCGCGGUCAUUGUCUCCUCGUCAGAGACUCAAGGAGAAGGCAGGGAGGUUACAUGACUGCCUGAGGCCACAGGCUGCAGACAGCGGAGGACUCCCGCCUCCCGGACCCUCCCCCGUCCUCACCGCCCUGCUGCAAGGGACCUCCUGGUCUGAGACCCAAGCACAGUCCCUUCCGGUCACAUUCACACACCAACACUGCAAAAGUUCUAGGAGGAAUCUAGACCGGGUUCACAGCACACUUUUGCUGGGGGGCCGAUGUUUUUCUGCAAGACGUAAAACCAAUAAGCCUUACAAGUAACGGGUACAUCCAGCUUCUUGAGGCUGAGAGCAGGGCCAGAGUCCACAGACAGAGGCGAUGUGCAUGUUGGAAAAGAAUUACGUUAUCUGUGUUAGAAAACAGGCUGAUUCUCUUACGACAGGUGCGGCGGCUCCUCUAAAGUAAUGGGACACAACAUGCCAAGGACACAAGCAGAUCCAAACCGCAAUGGGACACAGCAGCUGGCACGUGGGGACAGGGACCUGCCGUCCGGGCCGGGCAGCGUCAGGCGGGAUGCAGCCGCCUGCUGUCGGAAUGAGGGAGUUAGUGAGGGCAUCAUUGCAUAGAAGGAUCUGGAAUCUUCUACAAGCAAUACUGGCCUGAGCCCUUCUCUGGGUUCUCUGCUUCCUGGGAGAGCCAGGAACGAUGUGAACACAGUGAGGGUGCAGGCCCCGCGUGAGGACAGCUCACGGACCUGGAGAGGUGUCUGGGGCCCUGGCAGGCAGCGGUCCCCCAGGCGGUCCUGCCCUGCUGCAGGGGACACAUGGGCUUCCUUUCAGGACAAGGCGCCUUCAGCACUGUGGUCAACGGUUCUGGAACUCAUGGGUCUCAAGUGGAGGAUUCUGGAAACCCGGUUUCUCUGACGGGAACUCAAGGAGGUUCUGUGUCAUUUCAUGUGACCCGAAGUCCAGAAUCACUUCCAGGAGUCACGCUGGAGAAGAUUUCUUGGGGCAUUAAAUCUGGAAGAAACUACACGAUCAUGCUGCACGUGUCUCCUGGGGAAGAUGUUCCAAAAUGGGUCAACUUCCAGGACAAGCUCGAGAAGAGGGUCCAUGUGCUCAACACCACGACCCUGAGGAUUGACAACCUGACCCUUGAGGACAGUGGGCAGUACUGGGCUCGAGUCUCCUUAACACAAGGAAGAGAAAUGAACUGGCAUUUCCACCUCACUGUCUACGAGCUCGUGCCCUGCCCCCAGAUCAUGAGCGAGACUCCAUCCAUCACACCAGACUGGUGCAAUGUCACCCUGGAGUGCCACGCCCCGGGAACCAGAGAGGACGUGAAUGUGUCCUGGGAGAGCAAGGGCCUCCCCAGGGAGCUGGAGCAGAGAGGGGUCCCAGGACCGGCCCCCAACCCCUGGACCCUGGCUCUGAAGCUGCCCCUGAGCCAGCCCAGCCCCAGCAUCACCUGUGUGGUCAGCAACCCAGGGGACCGGAAAACUGCCACCAAGGACCUUGGGAAAGUCUGUGCCCACGGUCCACAUGGGCCGGACGGGUCUGCCCACCUGCCAGCUAUCCUGGGGGCUCUUGUGGUCGUGCUGCUGAUCCUCGGAGCUGGACUGUACCUUCUGUGCUCACGUAGGAGGAAGCAGAGCUUGGAGCCUGGGAGAGGGUCCCAGGAAGAGCACAGGGACCAUGAUGAUGACGUCCAGUAUGCACAGCUGAGCCAGCAGAAUUCCAGGGAGAGCAAGGACCAGCGUUCGGGGGAACCACAUCUCGAACAGGAGACACCGCUCACGACAGUCUACAGUGAGGUCCGCCACCCAGGCCAGGGCUUGAGGGUGAUUUAACUGGAAGAAGCCCGGAAUCCAGCCUCCCCCCCCUCCCCUCCCCCCCCCCCACACCUCUGUUGUGCGCGUGAUGCCUGCGGCCCUGGUCCUGCCCCCUCCCCCUCUGACUGCUCUCAGCAGGGACCGGAUUCAUCCAACCCCAGUGAAUCUCUAUGCGGACACGUUGUGCACAAGUUGAGCGGAAGACACCCAUCGCGGCAGAUCGAGGGGGACCUUCGUCGUUAAACGAGUCCAAAGCUGUGGUCCGGUUCCGCUCAGCCUCAGCCCCUUUGGCAACCGUAAACGGAGCCCACUCUCCCCACGUCUGUGCCCCGUCCGUCGUCCUGUCCGGACCCUCGGCCUCUGGGACCCAUCGACACGAAGUCUCACCUUCCAGCCUCGACCGGUUCACCACCAGCUGGCUCAGUCUGUGCUUGAGAGCUGUGUAAAAGAAUACAGAGUCGCACUAGCCAGGGCUUGCUGAGUCCUGGCCCCGUGACGGGCACUGAUCUCGUCACCCUCCUCGUUCGUCACUCACUGGGCCCUCGCAGACACUGUGUGAGCUGGGUGUCCUUGUGCCCACUCUGCAGACGAGGAGCAGGAGGCCAGAAAGGCUGAGUCUCAAGGCCGCACAGCUGGGGGAGCCCGAGCCGCACCGCAGCCAGGGCCUGGGUCCCAGCCGUCGUCUGGUUUCCCGCGUCCUGGGAAACGUCCUCCCUUGUGGCCGGUCGUGCUGGCGCCUGGCAGGGUUUCUCAGGAAAAAGCAGAAGGUGAUAAGUGAGUUGUCGUUCUGCCAGCUAACUUUUUCCUGACCGCUUACUGACCUCUGCCUCCCUCUCUCUCCUGUCCCCACGGGGGACAUUGAGCUCCUCGUGUCUAAGAAGGACCUUUCCCUACACGUGAGGCCCCGUCUGAGGCCCCCCUUCUCUGGUCCGUCCCCCUGACCCUGCUGGCUCCCUCCCUGCAGCCUGCACCCCGGCUGGGGCUCCGCCUACUGAACGGCUGAUCCCGCACCUGGGCCCCACCUCACGGGGACCCCUAGAGCCCCCAGCGGUGACCCCCACACGUCAGCUGCCACCUCCACCCACAGCAGGUGCCCCUUCUCAGGAAAUGGGCCACACCCUGGACUCCUUCCUUCCUGCUCAGGGGCCCAGAUCCGGUGCCUCUGAAGCCCCAGGCCGGUGCCAAGCGCCUCGGGUGCAACAAGUUUAUUUUGUUGUCGCAUUUGCAAAAGGAAAGCCAGAGACGCUGAAGCCUUAGCGGUUUCUGCCACUCACUCAAGAGGAAACAGAACCAGACCCUGGGUUGGCACACGUGCUUCCCGCCUGUUGGGGCUGUGGGUUCGGCUCCCCCUCUUCACCCCUGCGCUGUGUCCUCCCCGCCCUCUCUCCCUGCCCUCACGGCCCAGCUUCCCUUCUUGUAAUCCAGGGGCCGGGCAAGACAGAGCAGGAGCUCGGCCCCCACAGGAGGGAAAGUGUUUUCAGGCCAUGAAUGUGCGUGUUCCGUUCGGAGGAGAGGCUGGUCGCCUACCUGAGCCUCAGGUCACCUCUUGGACUCACAAACUCUCUCCUUCCAUCUCUACCUCUUCCCCCCAUGCAUACAGAGUGGCCUGCUAUUUGCGGGAAUUAGUAAUCCAAGCAGGACAGAAGUGGGUCUCAAAUGUCCCUGCCUGUCCGCCUCCCCAGCUCAGCCUGAGGCUCCACCGGAAGCAGGUGGAUCCCCCGAGAUCAGAGGAAAGCAGACGAGCUAAUCGCCCCUAAAACCUCAGCUUCUGCAAGGGAGCACGCACACACCAGCCUCCAGCCAAGCAGCGGCGCGUGCCUCAGAACUAAGGCUUCCAGAAACAUCCAGAUUGCAACUGAAAGGACGAUUCUAAGUAUCUGAGAACGGUAUCCGCAUCCGGAGAGGGGGCAGAGCCGGGCUGUGUCUGAACCUUGCAGUAAAUGUUGUGAAACAAGCCUCUUCCCCGACCCCGCCCCGGGGUCCUGAAACCUCACCCCUGCUGGUGGGCAGGGAGCAGGUAAAAGCAUCUCCUGGACGCUGGGCUGCAUGAACUAUAGCAGGUGGUUGGUAUGAUUAACCUCACUGCACACAGUCAGUGAGAGAGGAGCCCCGACCUGAAGUCUGAAAUGAUUCUUAUUUUCAGUGUAGACCAGAGAGUCAGGGACAUGAGGUACACAGGACCAGGGUACCACCCCAAUCCUGAUGGGGCUCCCUGGCACCGGGGACCAUCCACCCUUAAUCCCCUUGUGCUCGACCACAUGGCCCCACCUGCCCCCGCACACCUGCUCAGGGCCUCCGUGACGGCCCCCGGCCUGCAGCACAAACUGUUACAUGUCUGUUCGAUCCUGCUGCUACCACGGCCCGUCAGUCCCCUCCCCAUUGGCCUCUAUCCUGCCCUCUUGGCAAACUCGCUUACGAGUCUGGGGAAUUUUCUGUAGAUUCCUGGGAUUUUCGGCGUAGACAAACAUAAGUAACGUCUGUGAUCAAGACAGCUUUUCUUUUCCCCUUUCCAAUCUAUAUCUUACUUCAUUUCUUUUUCUUGCCUUAGUGCAUCUGAUGAGACUUUCCCUAGAUGCUGCAGAGGAGCGGUGACCACAAGCACCGUUGGCUCGUUCCCAACAUUAAGAGAAAGCGUCCAGUUUUCCGCCUUCCACAGUGACGUUCGCUGUCGGCUUUUCUGUCAAUAUGUUUUAUUACAUCACUCGGUUUCAUUUUCUCUACCUUCGUUUUUCUUAUUUCCUCUCUUCCACUUGCUUUGCAUUUGUUUCGCUCGUAUUUGUAUAGAUUUGUAAGAUAAAUGCUUAAAUUAUAAAUUUGGAGCAUUUCUCCUUUGGUAAACUAUGCUUUGAAUCAUGUUCAUUUCCUCAUAAGCACCUUGUUCGCGUCUUUUCCCACGUUUUGAUGUCUUGUACGUUCAUUUCCGCUCACUUCAAAUGUUGAGAUAUUUCCCUUCAGGCGCCCUCUUUGACAUUUGCGCUGUGGAGACUUGUUUCGUUUCCUCCGUAAGUGUUUGGAAAUUUCCCGUCAUCUUUCUGUUAUUAAACUCUACCCGAGGUCUGUCACA